CGGUGGCGGAGCGGGCGGGGCCCGGCGCUCGUCCCCCGGCCCGGCGCGCCCCGGCUGCCGCCAUGAGCGGCUCCUCGGGUACCCCGUAUCUGGGCAGCAAGAUCAGCCUCAUUUCCAAGGCACAGAUUCGCUACGAGGGCAUUCUCUACACCAUCGACACCGACAACUCCACCGUGGCUCUCGCCAAAGUGAGGUCCUUUGGUACUGAAGACCGUCCCACAGAUAGGCCUGCUCCCCCAAGAGAGGAAAUUUAUGAGUACAUCAUUUUUCGGGGAAGUGAUAUUAAAGAUAUUACUGUAUGUGAACCUCCGAAAGCUCAGCACACACUCCCUCAGGAUCCUGCUAUCGUUCAGUCUUCCUUGGGCUCUGCCUCUGCCUCGCCCUUCCAGCCACAUGUGCCUUAUAGCCCCUUCAGAGGAAUGCCGCCCUAUGGCCAGCUGGCAGCCAGCUCCCUGCUCAGCCAGCAGUAUGCAUCUUCCUUAGGUCUAGAGAAGUUGGUAAGCCCUCCAGCCUCAGCCGCUGCUUCCAGUCCUAGUUCUUCUCCAUCUCCACAGCCCGUUUCAGAGCUUGACAUGUCCUCAGAGCCACCUCAGCUCACUUCCAAGGGAGCUGGUUUUCCAUCUGCCCCAGUUGGCAAGAGCCCCAUGGUGGAACAGGCUGUCCAGACUGGUUCUGUUGAUAACCUGAAUGCCAAAAAGCUGUUACCUGGCAAGGGCACCUCAGGGAUGCAGCUCAGCGGUCGCCAGGCCCACCCAAGCAGCAAGACCACUGGUGAUAUAGUCCAGCCAGCAGCUGUGCACACUCAAGGGCAGGUGAAUGAUGAGAACAGAAGACCUCAGAGGAGGCGGUCAGGGAAUCGGCGAACAAGGAAUCGCUCCAGAGGGCAAAACCGUCCUACUAAUGUCAAGGAAAACACAAUCAAGUUUGAGGGAGACUUUGAUUUUGAGAGUGCAAAUGCCCAGUUCAACCGAGAAGAACUGGACAAAGAAUUCAAGAAGAAACUAAAUUUUAAAGAGGACAAGGCUGAGAAGGGGGAAGAGAAGGACCAGGCUGUGGUCACUCCGAGUGAUGAAACUCCUGCUGAGGAAGACCUUCUGGGGCCCAACUGCUACUAUGACAAAUCCAAGUCCUUCUUCGACAAUAUCUCUUCUGAACUCAAGACCAGUUCUAGGCGGACAACAUGGGCUGAAGAGAGGAAGCUGAAUACAGAGACCUUUGGGGUAUCAGGGAGGUUCCUUCGAGGCCGCACUUCCCGUGGAGGAUUCCGAGGAGGCAGGGGCAAUGGGACCACUCGGCGCAACCCUACUUCCCACAGAGCCGGGACUGGCAGGGUGUAAAGACGCAGCCUCCUGAGUUCCUGCUAGAGGUACAGGUGGUGCUGCGUAUGUGAGGACACAGGAAAUGCUGCACAUAGAGGAAGUGGGUCCCAUUGUUUACUGAGUUGGGCAAAUUCUCAUACUGCUGCUUAUGUUUGGACUUAAUCGAACUUGGACGUGGUUUGAGUUAGAACCACUUGUUUUGGGGAAGGUAUUCAUGGGUAACCUCUUUGAGGUAUCAUGACCUACGUUCCUUUUCAAUUGUGCAUAGCCUUAUUGUAAGGUUUUGGUAUUUUGCAAAAGUGUUUCUGUAGCAAAGGCUUGAUCCUCACUUGGUGACUGUUUCUUUUUUAUGACAGCUUUGACUUUUAAAGUGGAACCAAAUCUCAUUUGGCAUAUGUGGCAGCCAAGGGCAUCUCUAACCCAUCUGGUCCUUGGUGCUGCUGGCCUGGCACCCUUAUAGCGGGGGGGGGGGUCUCAGGAGCCAGGCAAGGCCAGCACAGGGUGGGAUGGGUGUGUGGUGGGGUGGGUGGGCUGAGGGCAGGGGAAGGGGUGCCCCGUGGAUCAUGUUGUAUGACAGGGUUGGGAGCUGGCAGAGGGUAGGUGGACCGAACAAGUAGCUGAAGUGUUACACAGAGCCCAGUUCUGUAGCUACUGAAGCUGUGGGUUGGAACCCAGGAUGAGCCGUGCUGGUCCUCCUAUCCCUCCCUGCCAAGCCUUUGACCCAUGUUGCUCAGUUGGACUCUGCCACACUUCAGUGUUCUCAUCCACUUGGAAAUGAGCCAGCUUUCGGGGUUGGGGGUGGGGCAAGGUCACUUGACCUUAUUUCUUGAUUGUAAAUAGUUCUUGUUUUUGUUUUAAAGUGAGUGGAGGGAGGGUGGGGAAUAUAAAUUUGUUGCAUGAAUAAAUGGAUCAGACCUCUGAGUAUAAGCAUGCAUCCUCUGACAGGGCAUUUUGUUUAAAAUAAGCACCUUGGUAACUAAAUUUCCUUUAAUAGCUAAAAUGGCUACAGUUCUGUACUGAUUGAGUUACUGCAAAAGCUUGGGUUUAUUUUUGUAGGCCUUUUGGCUGAGAAUUAGAACAUUAGCAUUGGGGUUGCUCUGUUGGAGAAAUGUAAAUUGUAACUAUAAAUAAACAUGCAAACCUUUCAGCUUU